CACCACUUCAUCCACAGACAGAAGACAUUCCAGCCUCCAAUUAGCAGAAGAAUUUCUCCAGUUUCCAGAAACACAAGAAACUACCAUGAUGAGUGCCAAGAACCUCGCUCAGCUGGCCAAGAAGUGGCAGAGGGUGGUGGCUAUGGGGAGGAAGAGGCUCACCUCAUCAACAUCAGGGGAGGAAACCGGAGGGCCGUGCGGCACGUCGUGCUCGCCUGUGGCUGGCAAGGGCCACUUCGUCGUGUACACUACCGACGGUGCGAGGUUCGAGGUGCCGCUUGCGUUCCUCGGCACGACCGUCUUCGACGAGCUGUUGAGGAUGUCCCAAGAGGAGUUCGGCUUCACAGGCGUUAACAGUGGCAGAAUCACGCUGCCCUGUGACACAUCAAUGAUGGAGUAUGCCAUGUGCUUGCUCAGGAGAAGUGUGUCCCCAGAGGUGGAGGCUGCGCUCCUCAACAGCAUGACGAUGCCAUGCCACUAUCAUGCGGAGCCACAUCUGGGAGUUAGUGUGCAUUAUGGUGUCUGCAGCUCCUGA